AUGUGCUGGAGUUUAAAAGAGCUUAUAGCCCCCGAGCCGGUGCAGAAGCAGCCGGUGGUUGCGUGGGGUAGCGCCGGGAGCGGCGGCAAGGAAGACGCCAAAAUCCCAGUUCUGAGCAGCGAGGGUUGGACAAGAAGCCAGAAGAAUUGCCCAGACCUUUAUGAGAAAUUGGGGACGCCCCAAGGACUUUGGACUGGUGGAGAGAUGGCUAACCCUGUCCGGUCAGCCUGCUGCGUGGUGCUCGCCGCAGUGGUGGUGGUGUACGCCCAGAGGCACAGCCAGCAGGACAGCCACAUCCAGUAUGAACGGGUAGGUGCAGAUGUGACCAUGAAGUGUGGCUCCAUGGACUGGGAUGCAGCCGUGACCUGGACAGCCAAUGGCACUGACAUUGAUGAGUCCCACCUGAAUGGGUCAUACCUGAUCCUGAAGAAUGUCGACCUGUCGCAGAGUGGCCAGUACUCCUGCUACGAGGGCUCCUCCUGGCACCUCAAAUACCAGACCUACCUGAGGGUGGGAAUCCCUCCAAAGGAACCAGUGCUGAUGUGCCGGUCCAACAACUACCCGAAGGGUUUCUACUGCAGCUGGCACCUGCCCACUCCUACCUACAUCCCCAACUCCUUCAACAUCUCUGUUAUACACGGCACAAAAGACAUGGUCUGCGAGAAGGAUGCCAUUCCCAAAAACAGGUGUCACAUCAGAUACCUCCAGCUCUUCUCGACAGUGAAGUACAAGGUGACUCUGACAGUCACGAAUGCUCUGGGCAAAAACUUCACCACUCUCACCUUUGACGAGUUCGCCAUAGUAAAGCCAGACCCUCCGGAGAGUGUGGUGGCCAAACCUGUGCCUAAUAACCCUCGAAGACUGGAGGUGUCAUGGCAAAACCCUUCAUCGUGGCCUGACCCUGAGUCUUUCCCACUGAAGUUCUUCCUGCGGUAUCGGCCUCUCAUCCUGGACCAGUGGCAGCAUGUUGAGCUGUCAGAUGGGACAUCACACACCAUCACGGACGCUUAUGCUGGCAAGGAAUACAUCAUCCAGGUAGCAGCCAAAGACAACGACAUCGGCACGUGGAGUGACUGGAGUGUGGCUGUUCAUGCCACCCCCUGGACAGAGGAGCCCAAGCAUCUCACCACGGAGGCCCAGAUCACAGAGACAACAAGUGCUAGCACCUCCUCUUUCAUGGCACCACCCACCACUAAGAUCUGUGACAAGGGAGCUGUGGUGGGCAGUGGGGCCAUGGCAGUGUGUUGGACAGCUGGACUGGUCGUGGCUGCCUAUAGUGUCCUCUUUAUUUAG